AUGAUUGCGCAAGAUGAUUUUCAACGGAUACACAAUGGAAUAACAAUAAAUUUACAGAAAAUCGGUAGUAAUGUAAACGACAUAGAAAAUUUAGUGAAGAAGAUUGGAACGGCAGAAGAUUCAGAACCAUUGAGAACUCGUUAUCAUAAACUAGGAAAUGACACAAAACUUUUAAUACAAACUACAAAUCAAGCUUUUCAGCAAUUAAAAAAUAUUCCAGUUCAUACAGAAGCGGAUAUAAAUCGUAAAAGGAUUUUGACCGACACUUUACCGUCACAAUAUUUAAAAUUGUUAGAGCGUUUUCAACAAACACAACGUUUAGGUGUUCAAAAAGAAAGAGAAAGUUUAAAUAGAGCAAGAGGAGCAUCACAAGAGGGUGUAGCAAUAUAUCACAAUAGAGAAGAAGAACCAUUUGACUCUACAUUCAGUUCACAGCAACAAACUCAAGCUAUUAUAGCCGUGGAAAAUCAAGUCGAUUUACAAACAAUUCAUGAGAGAGAUCAGCAAUUAAGAAAAUUAGAGGUAACAAUAACACCUUUUUCAGCUAAGCAAAGACGAAGUUACCGAUGAAAGACUUAAUGUUGUUUGAAUGUUCAAAAUAAUAUAACCCCUCUACUUAGUAUUCUGAAAUUCCGAUAUGACACUUUUGACGACUGUAGUACUUUUUUCUCGAAUAUCUCUGUAAACACUUCCCUAGUGAAAGUACUCAUACGAUGAGUACGACUUUACUCAUAAUUCGUCCAUGAGUACUCAUAUUGGUACUACUAACAAUUUCUGAGUAUUGUUACUCAGUGAGUACUCAGUUACUCAUGUGA